AUGAGGAAGUAGAAACCCACACGGCAAACAUCCCCAUUACACUGAACUCACUGUAAGGGAAAUGAUAUGCACAUACUCCAGAGACGGACUGACAAAAUCGCAGGUAUGGCGAUGAAAUCGCAGAAAUGUCAGCAAAAAGUAUCUACAUCUAAAGUAACUUCUGAACAUCUGCACUGCGCUGAGCACAGCCUGGUGUUUAUGUGCAAGUUACCCACCCGGGAGGGACCUCAGGUUGCAAGGGUACAAGAAGCUGUAGAAGUGAAACUCCCAGCCCAGUGCACUGUAGAGCAGCUUCGCCUGGUGCUUUGCAUGUGUGUACAGGAGACCAAGAAGUUCCAAGAUCCAUUCGGGCUUCUUGAUCCUGAAAAGUAUAGUCUAUUGUACACGAAGGGGGAAGAUCAAUAUGAAAUUUAUGAUGACUGUCAGGUGUUGAAAACGCUGGAUGCACCCUGGUUUCAAAACAAUGAGGGAUACCAAACAGUCCAGAUUACAGUAUUGGCAAAGCAGGAUAACCCGGAGGAGAGGAUGGAAUACCAGCAGAUUCUAACUGAACUAAUCGGUUAUGAUUUUGACUGCGCAGCAGGCAAUCGUUUGAGUGAGCUGAUUUUCACACGCAGAAAGUUUGCCACACCACGUAAGGAAGAAUUACAACAGCGAGAUCCUGUGGCUUAUGCUACAGAGCCUUGGACAACUUCUGCACCAAUUCCAAAAGAGCAGCAAGAUCAACUCAAAUGCAAGCUAUCAAUAAUUCUAUAUCACAAUGAUAUAAGUGUGCAUGUUAAAGCUGAUUUGUUUAAUACUCCUAGUGACCUCCUUUUGGCUCUUUGGGAAUCAAUGCCAUCAAAAGACCAAUGUUUUUUAAAAUGGUCAGCUAAUCAUGUUCUCAAAGUCUGUGGCAGAGAGGAGUUUCUCUGUGGAGAUUUCCAACUUUCAGACUUUCUCUGGGUCAGACACUGCCUGAAAAACGUGAAGGAGCUUCACCUCAAAGUGGUUUCCAUAGCCUCGCUUCCAGAUGAUACAGUAAGAAAGGAAUACUGGCCCCAGGUUGACAGUCUUACGGGUCUCUCUAGUUCCCAUGAGGAAAUCUCAUAUAAGGGGAAAGAAAUGGAAGAAAUUGUAAUAAUAUCCCUUUGGGAUUGUGAGAGGAACUUACGGGUGAAGCUCCUUGGGUUUGAUAUUCCUGAGUUGCCAAACAAAACCCCUCAGUAUAUUUACGUAGAGGCUUCAAUUAUUUAUGGCAGUAAGGUGGUAUCAUCAGUUUGUUCCUCACCAAAGGAAUUUGUAGAAGAGGUCUUGUGGAACACUUGGUUGGAGUUUGAUCUCCCUCUGAAAGAUAUCCCUUGUGGAGCUAAACUAGGCUUCACAAUUAAUGCCAGUAGUAUGGAUACAGCCCCCACUAGAGAAUCCAAGUCCUCUUACCCUGGAUACAAAGUUCCAGAUUACCAGAAAGGAAAAGGCAAAGUAUUAUAUUUUGUAAACCUUCAGUUGAUUGACCACAGAUCUCUCCUAAGCCAAGGGUCCUACACAUUGCAUAUGUGGUCCUUCCCAGAACAGGAAGAAGAAGCAUUCACCUAUGAGGCAGAUAAACUCUCUACUGCCACCAACCCUGAUGUGGCCAAAUCCAUGGCAAUCACAUUUCUACUUGAUCGCUACAGUUUCCCUGUUGUGCUACCCCAUAGCAGGGUGUCAUCCAACAUCACACCUUCUACUGUAUUAUCUACUUCAACCAAUCCCAGCUCUACUCUUCAUGUAACAGCAUCCAGCCAAUCCUUGCCAGGUCAUAUGACUUUGAAAACAUACUCUUUAAACAAUUAUUCCCUAAAAAUGUUCAGAGAAGAGAGUGUUCGUUAUGCUUCAAACCUUCCUCAGUUUCUUCGCACAGUAGACUGGUUGAAGCCCAGUGCUGUACAGGAUGUUCACUGGCUACUGAGUCACUGGGAGCCUGAUGACUUGGAACUACCUGUUGCUUUGGAGCUGCUUAGUGUUGAUUACACAGAUGAGAAGGUUCGAAGGUUGGCUGUCCAAAGAUUGGAGAUGAUGUCCAAUGAGGAGGUGCUAAGAUACCUACUGCAGCUAGUACAGACCCUCAAGGUAGAACCAUACCAUGACAGCUAUCUGGCAAGAUUCCUAAUUCAACGGGCACUCAGGAGCAAGCGAGUAGGACACUUCUUCUUCUGGUACUUGCGGAGUGAGGUCGCAGGUUGCCCAUUUUUCCGCCAGCGUAUGGCGGUCAUAUUGGAAGCGUACCUCCUGGGCUGUGGUGAGGCUAUGCUGAUGAGUUUACAGCAUCAAGUUCAAGUUGUCAAGAUCCUCCAUGAAGUGGCUAUCAGGGUGAAAACAAUGUAUCCAGAAAAAAGUACUCUUUCACCCUUAGGUAAUAAGCACACAGUUUAUUUCAAAAUUCAUAAUAAAAUGAAUGUAAUUCUUACUGCUGUCUCUCUUGUGUCAGCUGCUCAGAAACUUCAAGAAAUACUGCAGGAGUAUAGUUUUCCUCCUGAAUUCCAGGUGCCUUUUGAUCCAAGGGUCAGGGCAGGUGCAUUACUUCUGAAGGAGUGUAAAGUGAUGGCUUCCAAAAAGAAGCCCCUCUGGCUUGAGUUCUCCCAUGUGGAGUCAGAGGCUUCAGCUGGUUGUCCAGUGGGUAUCAUCUUUAAGGAAGGCGAUGACCUCAGACAGGACAUGCUCAUCAUUCAGACACUGAUGGUGAUGGACUCAAUUUGGCAGGAAAACUGCUUGGAUCUCAACCUGAUGCCCUAUGGCUGUAUCUCAACAGGAUAUCAAAUAGGUAUGAUUGAGAUUGUGAGAGAUGCUGUUACCAUUGCUGCUAUUCAGAGGAUUCAAGGUGGGACAACAGGAGCAUUCAAAAAUAACGCCCUGUUUGAGUGGCUCAAGGGAAUGUGUCCCCUACAGGAGAAGCACUAUCAAGCAAUGGAGAAGUUUGUCACUUCAUGUGCUGGAUACUGUGUGGCCACAUAUGUGUUGGGCAUUGGUGAUCGGCACAAUGACAAUAUAAUGAUAACAAACCAAGGGAAUCUGUUCCACAUUGAUUUUGGACACAUCCUGGGCAACACCAAGAGCUUCUUGGGUGUGAGCAGAGAGAGGGUCCCCUUUGUCCUCACUCCUGACUUUCUGUAUGUUAUGGGUAGAGUGAAUAAACAUUCAAGCCUCUACUUCCAGAGGUUUAAGGACACUUGUAUACAGGCCUACUUGUCUCUGCGCUCUCAGUCCCGCCUGCUGGUCACACUCUUCUCCCUCAUGUUGCUGACGGGAAUCCCCGAGCUCAGCACAUCACAGGACAUGCGCUACCUACGUAAUGCGUUACAGCAAGACCAGAAUGAGGAAGAGGCACGGCAGCACUUCCUGCAGCAGAUUGCUUUAUGUGAGCAAAAGGGCUGGACUGUUCAGGCUAACUGGUGGAUCCACCUGAUGGCUGGCAUCAAGUAAACUGAAGGAUCAAUUGAUGGGAUUUUGAUGUCUGAUGUGUUGUUGUUUUUUUUUCCUUUUGGAUUGCAUAGUGCAUUUAUAUGUUUACUUUGGCAUGUGUUGUUCAAUGUGUUGUUCAAAGUGUCAUUCAAAAAGUCUUGAUAACUAGCACUAAUGAAUAAACUGGUGUUUAUAUACAA